UCUUUCCACCACCACAAACAUGUCUGUAGUCACCGACGAAAUAAGAGCAACCGCCACCGAGCUCUACCAUGGCGACAAAGUCUGCCAAGAUAAAACAAAGCAUCUACUAACCGAAGUCGGACUACCCAACGGCCUUCUUCCAUUGGAAGACAUUGAAGAAUGUGGGUACGUUAAAGACACAGGCUUCGUAUGGCUGAAACAGAAGAAGAAAAAAGAGCACAAAUUCGAAAAAGUCAACCGGCUGGCGAGCUACGCCAAUGAGGUCACGGCGUUCGUCGAGAAAUCAAAGAUCAAGAAGCUCACCGGAGUGAAGACUAAAGAGUUGAUGAUGUGGGUUAAUCUGAGUGAGAUCUAUGUUGAUGAUCCACCCACCGGAAAAAUCACGUUCAAAGCUCCGUCAGGGCUGUACAGGACUUUUCCGGUGUCGGCAUUUCAAAUCGAGGAGGACCAGAAACUUGAAGUGAAGGAGGUGUAGUGAGGCUGAUGAGUCAAUGUCUCAUUUUUACCUUCAUCUUUGAUUGAUAUAUUGUGAUCUACUCAUCUUUAUGUCGAUGUUAUCUUAACGUUUACUUAAUAUUUGGGGCAUUUGUUAUCGAAUUUUCAAGUAAUAAAAAUAAUCGUUUUCAACGAUAUUAAAAAUA